AUGGCGGUUCACGCACUUGCUGUCCUGCUGUUUUGCGCUCUGGCCCUUCCCGGACUUCUGGCGUCCACUCUGACACCAUCUAGAUUUAAUGUCACUUGCAGUGAGGACAGCGUGAACGUGGCGGCCAGCUCCGCUUUGCGAUUCAUCAACAAGCAUCACAAGCAUGGCUUCAAGUUCACGCUGCAGGAGGUCCAGAGCAGCAAAUAUCAACAGUUUUCUGGUGCUUGCCACAUUGAAGUCAACAUGAAGUUGGUGCAGACCAAAUGUCACUUCACCAACCCCAAACCUAACCAGGAAUGUGAGCUUUGGCGAAGGGAAGAAAGGGGUGUGCUAGCCACCUGCAGUGUGGAGUUUUGGGUCAUCUGGAACAAGUCCAAAAUCACAAAACUUGACUGCACCACCAGACCAGAACGCACCAAUGACGAGAUGCAGCUGAUUUGUCCUUCCUGCCCCAAGUUGUUACCCCUGGACGACCCGGUGGGGGUGAGCGCAGUGGAGCAGGCGGUAAUCGGUUUCAACCAGAAGAGCAAACACAGCCGUUACUUCGGCCUGUUGGAAGUGGCUCGACUGACAAGCACGCAAUUGGUGACCAUCGGCACAGUUACUUGGCUGAAGUUCGCUCUGGUGGAAACCACGUGUCCCAGAGAGGCCAGUAACACACUAGUGGCCUGCACACCUCUCUGCCCAGACAGAGCUCAUCAUGUCUUUUGCCAAACUGCCUUCUACAAUACUCACGAUCAAGUGGGAGAACUGGAUUGUGAAAUGUAUCCACCAAAGGAUUCUGCACCACUGCUAUUGGGUGAGAAAGAACCAGUGUGUGGGCCCCUGUUCCACGACAGUGCAGCAGAUUGUGUUUGCAAGGCCAAGCUAAAAACCACACAUCCGGCCAUUCACCACAUUUGUCCCUUCCCACUUCAGUAA